AAAAGUAAAGAUACUUUUAGAAAGUACAUAUAAGGUAUGGAUAACGACACCUAUAUUUCGGAGAAAUUGGAAAGGUGGAAUAGAGAGCUGGUAGAAAGUUUAAUCUUGAAUAAUGUGAUUUUGUCUCUGUAUAUAAUAGCAGGACUUUUAGGAAAUUCCACGGUUAUAAUCAUCUACAGUUUUAUGAUGAAAAGCAACAAAGAAGAGAGGUAUUUUAUUCCGUUCCUUGCAAUUGUGGAUCUUUGUGCUUGUCUUGUUUCCUCAUCAUCUGGAAUUGCUCUUAACAUGAUGCAGGCGACAUUUUACAAUAAUUUGGCAUGUAAAACUCUACAAUUCCUUGUACCGUUCUUCACUCUUAGUUCAGUGUUAUUUCUUUUGAUAAUUGCAGUGAACAGAUAUCUCAAGGUCUGCAGGCCGUUUGGAAAACAAAUGACAUUAAAGUGGAAACAAUUUGCAAUGUGCUUGAGUUUGAUAACAGCGUUAAUGUUUUCUUUGCCUAUGAUUUAUUUUUUUGGGAUAGUGCCCUUUCCAAAUAUUGAAGAAGGAAUUAUUGGAUGGAGAUGCAGCAGGUCAAAAUCUGCCGACAAAACAUUGUCCUUGACGUUUGGAGGUUUCCUUCUCAUUGCAAUUAUCACAAUAAUUUUCUCUCUAGUUAUUCUGUAUUCCAAAAUAGGAUAUACUAUUUUUCGGCAUUUCAACAAAACUGAGACCGAAAGGCAGAAGGCAGAAAAUCCCAUUAAUAAAGAACAGUUUAGGAAAAGAAUGUCGAGCCACGAUGGUUCACUUAAUGAAGAAGAAAAUAAAAAAUGUUCCCUUAAAACGGACAGCACAAAACUAUCCAGCAACUAUUCUAUUAAAACAGACAACAUGGAGUCAUCCAGUGCGUAUCCUCAAGCAUCCACAAAGACGACAAAGAAAGAUGCAAAUUCAAGAAUUUCCCCGUUUAACGGAACCACGGAUGGUGUGACGGUCGACAAGGGAUGUUUCCUCCUUCAUGGCACCCAAUCCCAUCCCUGA